GGCAGGCGCACGGCGGGGGCCUGCGAGCUGGGUGCCGGGAGCGGCGGCGGCGUGGAGAAGCUGGCGUCGCCGAGGGCCUCCUGUACGUGUCGGCAGAGGUGGCUUCAGCUGGCGGAGCCCGGGCUUCAGCUAAAAACACCAGAAUUAUACAUAAAAUAUCAGAAGACUGGAAGGUGGAGAAAAGAAUGUGGAACAACCAGGGACCCUGGAACUUCCAGAACAACGUAGUGGCUUUUGCUGGUCCUUGGGGUACCCAUAGGGAUGGGUGAAGCCCACCUGGCCUGCGGCACUUCCCAGCGGCCGUCAUCUCCCUAGGGCCCCACAGCGCCAUUAGGAUGCACCUGUCAGCGGUGCUCAACGCCCUCCUGGUGUCGGUGCUGGCGGCAGUCCUGUGGAAGCACGUGCGGCUGCGCGAGCACGCGGCCACUUUGGAAGAGGAGCUGGCCCUCAGCCGACAGGCCCCAGAGCCGGCCCCAGCGCUGCGGAUCGACUACCCAAGGGCACUGCAGACCCUGAUGGAGGGUGGCACACACAUGGUGUGCACGGGCCGCACACACACAGACCGCAUCUGCCGCUUCAAGUGGCUCUGCUACUCCAACGAGGCCGAGGAGUUCAUCUUCUUCCACGGCAACACUUCUGUCAUGCUGCCCAACCUGGGCUCCCGGCGCUUCCAGCCAGCCCUGCUCGACCUGUCCACCGUGGAAGACCACAACACCCAGUACUUCAACUUCGUGGAGCUGCCCGCUGCUGCCUUGCGCUUCAUGCCCAAGCCAGUGUUUGUGCCCGACGUGGCCGUCAUCGCCAACCGCUUCAACCCCGACAACCUCAUGCAUGUCUUCCACGAUGACCUGCUGCCGCUCUUCUACACCCUGCGGCAGUUCCCUGGGCUGGCCCAGGAGGCCCGGCUCUUCUUCAUGGAGGGCUGGGGCGAGGGUGCACACUUUGACCUGUACAAGCUUCUCAGCCCCAAGCAGCCUCUCCUGCGGGCACAGCUAAAGACCCUGGGCCGGCUCCUGUGCUUCUCCCAUGCUUUCGUGGGCCUCUCCAAGAUCACCACCUGGUACCAGUAUGGCUUCGUCCAGCCCCAGGGCCCAAAGGCCAAUAUCCUUGUCUCAGGCAACGAGAUCCGGCAGUUUGCACAAUUCAUGAUGGAAAGGCUGAAUGUGAGCCACGCAGGAGCACCCCUAGGUGAGGAGUACAUUCUGGUCUUCAGCCGUACCCACAACAGACUCAUCCUGAACGAGGCAGAGCUGCUGCUGGCGCUGGCCCAGGAGUUCCAGAUGAAGACAGUGACGGUAUCCCUGGAGGACCACACCUUUGCAGAUGUUGUGCGUCUGGUCAGCAAUGCCUCCAUGCUGGUCAGCAUGCAUGGGGCCCAGCUGGUCACCACCCUCUUCCUGCCCCGUGGGGCCACUGUGGUUGAGCUCUUCCCAUAUGCCGUCAAUCCCGACCACUAUACCCCCUAUAAAACGCUGGCCAUGCUGCCAGGUAUGGGCCUCCAGUAUGUGGCCUGGCGGAACACAAUGCCAGAGAACACGGUCACGCACCCUGAGCGGCCCUGGGACCAGGGGGGCAUCACCCACCUGGACCAGGCAGAGCAGGCCCGUAUCCUGCAAAGCCGUGAGGUCCCGCGGCAUCUCUGUUGCCGGAACCCCGAGUGGCUUUUCCGAAUCUACCAGGACACCAAGGUAGACAUCCCAUCCCUCAUUCAAACCAUACGGCGCGUGGUGAAGGGCCGGCCAGGGCCACGGAAGCAGAGGUGGACAGUCAGCCUGUACCCGGGCAAGGUGCGGGAGGCGCGAUGCCAGGCGUCGGUGCAGGGUGCCUCCGAGGCCCGCCUCACCGUCUCCUGGCAGAUCCCAUGGAACCUCAAGUACCUGAAGGUGCGGGAGGUAAAGUAUGAGGUGUGGCUGCAGGAGCAGGGGGAGAACACCUAUGUGCCUUACAUCCUGGCCCUGCAGAACCACACCUUCACUGAGAACAUCAAGCCCUUCACCACCUACCUGGUGUGGGUCCGCUGCAUCUUCAACAAGACCCUCCUGGGACCCUUUGCAGAUGUGCUGGUGUGCAGCACGUAGCAAGCGUGCCGCCCAGGCCCCAGGGCGGUGGCUCCUCCCGUCAGUGUCCUCAGGCCCACUGACCCUGCUGCGAUGACUUCUCUUUGUUAUUUAUUGAGCAGGUCUGUGCCAGGCUUGUGCCUCCCUCUCGUUUCAUUGCAUCUGGGGGGUGGUGUUUGCAGCACUCCUCUUUGCACCAGAGAGACAGGAUCCCCCCUUCUCCUGAUCAUCUGUACCCCUGGGGAAGUUUCUUAGCAGGGAGGAGGAAAUGGAGGAGGAGGAAUGAAAGAAAGCAUCCCAAGGAACCUCUUUGGCUAAGCGAUCAUGCUGUUUCCUACUGAGUCCUUCUGGCAUCCAGCUUUCUGGAAAAUGAGUAAUCAUGCGAUUGUUGGGGUGGGUGGUUCAUCAGCUUCCAUCCCCCUGAAAUUCCCUGUAUCCCAGUGAAGGGAGUGUUGGGAACAUCACUAAAUGAUGACAAGCAUCUCGGUUGAGUCUUUCCAUUGGGUGGUAGGAAGGGGAGCCAGUAGUCAGAGCCCCGCGGCCCUCAGUGGGGAAACGUCAAGGACGUGAGGCGAGCAGUUGGCAGGCAGGAGGGGAGGGCUGGGGGGCAGAGCCGGAUCCGUGGGGGUUUCCUCAGGCUGAGCCAGGCGUUCAGACUCACGCGGCCUGGACAGACCACACCUGGCGUCGGAGUCACUUAGAAGGAUGGAGGACGGGUCGCUCGGUGUGCCAGCAGAGCCACGACUGCAGAUUUCUGCCACAGGAGGAGCCCUCCCAUCAGUCGGGGGCCACUGUCUUACCCUCUCCCCCAGGGCCUGCCCAAGGGCGAGGACAUGAGAUCCGUAUCAGUGGUUGUGGGGGCCUCCUUGGCUCAGAAGCCCCAGGCCCCUUGGGAAGCAGUAUCUUUUCAACAACCACAAUCGUAGUUCCCAGGGUCCCUCCAGGGACAUACCUGGUUAUGAGUUCUUGCACUUAAGGGAGCGUAAGGCUGUGGUUUCCUCCCAGAUGUUUUAGCUUAUUCUUAGUCCUUCCAGUUCAGAUGUAGUUCAUCAGUCAGAGGUGAAAACUCCCAUCAGCAGUGCUGCCUAAUACCGCACCUGAUGUCAGCUAACUGGCCUGUCUGGCUGCCCUGGAAACAGCUAGAAAGUUAACCCAAGAUCAGAUUUGUCCUGAGAGAAGGAGGAGUGUCAGCCUUUUCUUGCUCAGGAGACCUGCUGCAGGCUGCGCUCCCGUGAAGCGGGGUGGGGGGUGAGAAGGUGGAGUCUCAGGCUGAGAGCCUUUCACCAGGCAGACCAGUUCUUGAGCCAAAGGUGUGCGGUAGCAGGUGUCCCCGCUGCUCCCGCCGAGUGGCUGAGAAGUGUGGUCUCUGCGUGCCGGUACCGAGGUGGGUUCUGCACAGCAGCAGGGCCCUCCCACCUUCUCUGCUGCAGAUCUGAGGGCACGUUUUCACAGUUGCCACGUGCCUUCAUGACAUUCCUCUUACCAAGAAUCCUUCUCCCUAACUGUAGCCUCCACUUGCCACCACCACAAACUGCCACGUGAGUCCACACAUCAAGACUCCAGUCAGAACUGGAAAUCUCAACCCCUGCUCGUGGGGUUAGCGAGGGUGAAAUGGUGCAACCAUUUGGAAAACUGGCAGUUUCUGCUAAAGCUGAACACUAGGCUACCCUAUUAUCUCAGCAAUUCCACUUCUCGAUAUAUAUCCAAGAGAAAUGAGUGCUUGUGUCAGCAACCAGAAAUGUCUAAAAUGUUCACCACCCUACUCUUAAUAGCCAAACACUGUAAACAACCCGAGUGUGCAUCAACGGGUAUAUUCAUAUGAUGGACACAACAAUUUGACUGAAAAAAAAAACCAGAAUGAGGUGUGGGUACAUGCAACCUUGUGAAUCUCAGACAUAGUGUGGAGUGAAAGAAGGCAGACCCCUCAAAAUACUUAGAUUCCAUUUCCAGGAGGUCCUAGAACAGGAAAUCAAAUCUGUGACAACAGAAGUCAGAAUUGUUACUGGGAAGGGGUAAAGACUGGGAGGGCACAGGACACUUGGGGGCUUGGCAGCGUCUGGAUCUGGGUGGUGGCUGCAUGUCCAUGUAAGCGAUCGUCAGAUCAGUGCACGCUACACACUCUGCACCGUAUGUAUGGGACACCUUGAUUAAAAAGGAAAAAGUCAGCCCAAGGGCCAGCUCUCCUAGAAAACCUAGUUUGUGUCUCUUCCAGCUCCCCAGGUGAUAGGCCUGUCACACCCUCAGACCUCUAACCCUGCCAACCCUGCCAGGGUCCCCCAGGAAGGCAUUUACCUCUCCUCACGGGGUUGCUGGAAGCCCAGUGUGAGUUUGUGAUCACACUUGUGAAUCACAGCAAAGCGAAAGCUCCAUCAGUGGUUCAUGGGUUCAAUGAAUAAAUCGAUUUCUGCCUGUGUCCAAAUCUUUUUGCACAAGUCGGUGAUCCUGAUUUAUGUGAAA